AUGGAUACAUAUCUAGGAGCUCAAAUACCGGAAAAAUGGGUAAAAGACAACCUCAGGCAAAUGUAAGUUUUUAAUUCCUUGAAACAUCCUCCCAAAAAAUGUAUUUUCUAUAUAGGGAUUCGGGAGAUGCCGAUUGGAUAAAUCAGAACAUUUUUUGGUAUGAUAAAAAGAUUGCGAGAUCGAUUUUUAUGAAUAAACAUGUUGUAUUUAUUGGAGAUUCGUGUGAGUUUUUUGGAGUGGAAGAAAUUUGGGAUUUUAAAAAGAUAUUUUUAAAUUGAAAACAUGAAAAUCAUUUAGAAAUUACUGAAACACGGUUUUCAAAUGAACAAAUAAUUCGUGCUUGAAAUUCUUAAUUUCAGGCUGAAAAGCGUAAACUCAACACACCUGACGAGACGUGUCAAAAAGGGACACUGUACAGAAAUUUUCAAAAGGCACACUGUACAUUUUUCAACGAAAAAUGUAGUUUCUAUUGAUUUUCAGCGAAUUUUAAUGACAAUUUUCAAAAAAUUCGAAAUUUCACGCUGCAGCCCAGAAAAUAGGCAUGAGUUUUCUAACCACCAAAAGGUGUGCUGAAAAUUUAAUGAAAACAAAGUGUGCAUUUCCCAACUUUUCAAUUUUUCCAGUAAUCCGUGCCAUGUACAAAGAUCUUCUCAGCCUUCUCAGACACGGAAAUCUAACAGAACCACGUGAUCUCAAAUUCCCUAAUGAAACACAUUUCGAAGGCGAUCAUCAAAUCGAUAUUCUUCCACUCGAAAUGAAUCGAGUAUUUCGACAAGCUCGCGAAUUCCAAUCAAAUCAUCAUCUUAUUCAAUUCUUUUUCACAUCUCGCGCAAUGCGAAAAGAACACGAAAAAAUUCUAUUGCUCAUGGUAGAGAAAAACGAGAUUCCCGAUAUAAUUAUAAUGAAUUCGGCGAUUUGGGAUAUUUCGAGAUAUCAUGUGGAAAGUGAACAAAAUACGAGAACAUUGGAAAAUGAGACAAAAACUAUUGAUGAAUAUUUGCAAAGACUUACGAUGUUUUUGAGAAGAGUUCGAACAAUUCUAAAACCUGGAUCUAAAUUUAUCUGGAUUCUAUUUCCAGUUGUUACAGAAUCACAAAAAGAACGAGGUUUUAUCAAUUCAAAUUGGUUAUCUUAUUAUCAUAUUCGAAUUCGACUCAUGGAAGCAAAUAUGAGAGCUGCUAAAAUUGUCAAAGAAGCUGGAUUUGAUGUAUUAGAUUUAUCAUUUCAUUUUAGAAGUUCGGCAUUUGAGAAUUUUCGAGCUUUAGAUGGAGUACAUUGGGAUAAUGUGGCGACAAGAUUUAUGAAUCAAUUAUUAAUUGGACAUUUGAUUAUGACACAGAAAAUUAAAACGGAAAUGUUGGCGAAGAUUUCGGAUUUGAUUAAAGAUAGACUGUGAGAUUUUUAUUCUGGGAUCUUUGGGAAUAUUUUUUUUUAAUGAAAAUUUGAUGCCUAGAAAUCCAAGAAUUUUUUUCUAAUCCGAAAAUUCUCGAAAAUUCCCGGCUUUUUCAGCGCUCCACAUAAUCGAUGCGAAUAUUUCGAUCGUUCGCUGAAAUUUCUCGAAAAAAUGAGGACUUCUCGUGAAAAUGAGGGCGAAGACGAAAAAGAAGAGGAUUCUGUAGAGGUGUUUAGAUCACAGGUUUUGCAAGAAAUUGAUGAAUUCAAUAGGUAAGAAUGGGUUUUGGGUGAAAAUAGGGAUUUUUUAUCUGAAAUUCUUUAUUUUAAAUCCAAAAAUUUACUCAUUUUCUUGCAGUCAACACCCACUUUCUGGACUUAUCGAAACUCUUCGAUUAUUAAUGAUAUUCAAAAGAUAUUGUCGAAAAUUGAGAAAAGAUCAAGAUGUCAUUCAAUAUUCUAUGAAGGAUGCGCCACAAAAAGCCAGAGAGUUUUUUAAUAAUUUUGGAGAAAUGUGGCGAGAAUUGAGUGAAGAGGUUAGUAUUUUCUUAGGUUUUGAAAGGGAAAUUUGUAUGAAAAUGCUGAAAACUUCUGGGGUUUUUUUUUGAAAUUUGGAUUUUCAACUCGAACAUAAAUACUCUGAAAAUCCUCGAUUUGGAGCUUUGAAAAAAUUUAAAUUUUGCCUAUAAACCUGGCAAAUUCCCACUAAACUUUUUCCCAUUUUCCAGCUCAAAAACCUGCGUUCCUUCUGGUCCUCGCAACCUUAUUCAACCCGCAAAAUAAUUCUCCGAAGAUUGGGUCGAAAACGCCAAUUACAACGAGAUUCAUCGAUUCCCGAAUUAGAAUAUGUAGAAGAAUCCCAAGAAGAUGUGGAUAUUGUUGAUGAAGAUGAAGAGAUCAAUGAAGAUGAACCGAAUUGUGAAGUUUUGGUGGAAAAUGAGCCAGAAAUUCGGGAUCCUGAACAACAUUUGGUUAAAAAUAGCCUAUAUUUAAUGGAAUGUCGAAGAAUUUCUGGGGAAAAUCACCCACAAUUCCUCAAAAUGGCUCGGCUCAAAAUGGUCACGAAAAUCGGAAUGCAGAGCAGAAUGAUUCAGUAUUGA